GUAACAUCGCUGGUGUAGCACUAGCAGACAAAUUAUUUCCUGUAUCAUUUUGCUUUAGUUUGUAAGCACGUGUUCUGUCAGAUACUUACCGUGUGCAUGCCAACCGGCUUCAGCCUAUUUUAGAAGUGUAAAGAAUUUAACAAGUUAAUUUAACAUUCGGAAACAUGUCUAAAUUGAAAACCCUUCAACCUGCUGAAGAAAAGCAAGAAUUUCUCGACAUCGAUGAAACUGCGAGUAACGAUGGAGACGAUGAACAGAAACACGAAAAGUUGCUUAAUGCCAUAUCGAAACUGGGAAGAAAUAAGAAGAUGAAAAUAACCCAGAGAACUGAACCAGUUUCUAAAAUCAAUGAACAUGCUUUAGUUCAAAUUGGUACUGGGGAUGGAGACUCGAAGGCUAAAAAAAUUCAAGUUGAUGAUUUACUUAGUGUUAUUGCAAAGAAAACUCGUUUGGGAGCACUUUCAAAAACUGUCAAGCAAGCAAAAUCAAGAACCCAAACUCUAAAAGUUCCUCUAGAAAAACCCCAAGCUUUAAGGGUUGAGCGUGCAGCUGGCUAUGAAAAAGUUAAAGACGAAAUAUCAAGAUGGGAUGACACUGUGAAAGGGAAUCGAAAUGCUGAACAAUUGAUUUUUCCUUUGAACCAACCCUCUUUAAAAAUGUGUUCCUCAAAGGAGUUUACAUCAAAAUUCAAGCCCAAAACUCCUUUGGAACAACAAAUUAGCGAGCUUUUACGAGGAAACAAAAAUGUUCAAGCUGAAGAUCAGGAACUUACCCCUGCUGAGCAAGAGGCAUUAACUUCUAUGUCUCUGAAAGAAGCUUUAGAGAGACGUAAAGAACUGGCCAAAAGCAGAGCUCUUCAGUCAUAUCAAGAAGCAAAAGCUAGACGGCAAAAUAAAAUCAAGAGCAAAACGUAUCAUCGGCUGCUUAAGAGAGAGAAAAUGAAAAAUCACGUCAAAGAAUUUGAGGCUCUUAAAGAACAUGAUCCCGAGAAGGCAUUAGAAAAACUCGAGCAGUUGGAUAAAAAGAGAAUCGAGGAGCGUAUGACAUUAAAGCACAAAGGCGCCGGCAAGUGGGCCAAAUUGCAAGCCAUUCGUUCAAAAUACGACGAAAAUGCAAGAGAAUCAUUGGCAGAUCAACUGCGUAUUGGCAAGGAAGUGACAAGGAAAGUAAAAAAAUCAGACGAUGAAUCUGAUGAAGAUAUUCCUCCGAUUCCUCUGGAAAAAAGCGACAACCCGUGGUUAGGCGGCACAGAAUCAGCUCAUCCUACUUCAGAGAUCACUUCAGGAUAUCGAAAACUCUGGGACACCGUCAACAAGAAUAAAGAGAUAAAGAAAAUUAUAAACGAAAUCCCCAUCAAAGCUAAAAGCAAGCCAAAAAAGAAGAAACAAUCAGUUGAUCGUGAAGUCAAUGUUAGCGACUUAUCUGCAUCGGAUGACAAUGAGAGCAUCACUUCAGAGUCUCCAGAAAUGCAGGAAGAGUUUUCAGAAGAACUGAACGAAGGUUUAGUUCGAAAAAGCACAAUGGAAGAUUUCGAACAACGGGAUGAAGACAUCGAAAUCGACCAAAUCCAUCGGCCGAAGAAAACAAAAAGCAUACCGAUAGAAGAAAAAGUCUCCGAAACAACUAAAAAUAAAACGAAAUUGGUCACAGACAUUGAUCCAUUCAAGUUUAUUUCGAUGCCAGACACCACAAUAAUAAACUCCUCAGUUCCUGUGACAGAAGAAGGAAAUGAAGAAGAAGACGAAGAAGAACAACGACGGAUGACGUUGGCGGAAGCAUUUGCUGAUGAUGAUGUGAUCGAACAGUUCAAGGAGGAGAAAAAACGAGUUGUUAGUGCAUCCGCUCCUAAAGAUAUUGAUUUGACUUUACCUGGAUGGGGAGAAUGGGGUGGUUCUGGUGUAAAAAUCUCCAAACGUAAGAGGAGGCAAUUUAUCAUCAAAGCCCCACCCGCCCCUAAACGAAGAGAUGAAAAUCAGGGAAAUCUUAUCAUCAACGAGGAUAAGAAUACUAACAUGCGUCGUCAACAGGUUGAUGACUUGCCUUUCCCGUUCCGCUCUGCUGCUGCCUUUGAAACCACUAUUCGAGCACCGGUGACAUCGACAUUUAUUCCCGAAACUGCUGUUCGUAAAUUGGCAGCGCCUAAGGUCAUAACCAAAAUUGGUACUGUAAUUGCUCCCAUGACCGACGAGGUCCUCAUCUCGACGACCAAUCGAAACAAAGAAUCAGACGAUAAAAUGGAACUUGAAAAUGUGAAGAAAUCAUCGCAGGUUAAAGAUAAGAAAAGAAAAAGAUCUGAGUUGACCGCCACCCCACCUAACAAGCGCAAAGUGCGGAAAAACGAAUGGAAGAUAACUGACAAGCCUGCAGCCAAAUCAUUAAAGAAAUAAAUAAUUGGCGUUGAUUAUUCUUUUUCCCUACUCCCUUGACGUCGAAUAUAUCCUGUUUGGAAUUCCA